GGAGAGCGAAACUGACGUUGUUCUUUUUAACGAAGUGAAAGACGGUCCCUCUUCGCUGUCCGAACGGAAAAUCCAGAGGAAUAUUCCCAUUUUAGUUGGACAAAAUGAGACAACAUUUUGUGAAGUUCUUCAGUCUUUUCAAAUCAAGUGGAAGUCAAAUGGACACCAGGGAGGAACAACUGCGAAAGUACAUCUUGGAGACCCUCAGCUACAUCAAAACAGCCAAGAACUUCUGUGACACAGAACAGCAGUGGACCACUCAGAGGAGGAAAGAGCUAGAGAUGAUGAGAGACAUCAAAAGCCGUGCAGGCAAGUUCUUAGGCCGUAUCAGAAAGCAGGAGCUGGAGAACGAGCUGGAGGUGGUUCUAGGAGACACUCUAGAGGGGCUGAAGAAACUUCAUCACUUCCUGGACGCAGUGGAAAGGCUCGCAGUCACCUCACUGUUCGUGUUCAUGGACAAGAGCUUCCUGUUGGAGGGAGUGAACACCGAGGCUGUGCGAGCAGUGAUCUCAGCAGCCAGAGCUGUGUCCCCGCUCCUCAUCCACUUCAAGAGAGAUGAUGGAGCUUUCUUCAUGCCUAGGCUGGGAAAUGUGGACGUCCUGGCCUUCCAGCUGGACAAAUACAUCCGCAUCACAAAAGAGCUCUGCGAGAGGAUGGAGUCCAAAAGCACCUUGGAAGUUAUAGGCAUACAGGACAAAACAUCAUCAAGAUUUACUUUCACCAUAAAUGGAACCAUGAAAAAUGCAAUUGUCCGCUUGAGCAAGAUCAGAGUGGACGAGUCAUUCAGGAUGUCAUUCUUAUUUAACGGGAAAGCUCAGCGCUUCAUUGAGACAUACAGGGGAUGUCGUUCCAGGAUGGUCCAGUUCCUGUCAGAUCUAGAGGAGACUGCAGUCAAGUUGGAUAGGAUGAAGAUGGGUUCCAGCAUCUCCACUGUGGCGGGCAGUUCAGUGGGCAUUGUUGGAAGUAUCUUGUCCAUCAUAGGCCUGGCUCUUGCCCCUGUCACUGCAGGAACAUCUCUAGCCCUCACGCUCACCGGGGUUGGGUUAGGGGUCACCAGUGGGGUCACCAGCUUAGUCACAGGCAUCUCUGAAAUGGCAGUUAAUAGCUAUCAUGGGGCAAAUGCCAACAAUGUCUUCCAGAGAUUCAUGCAGGAUGUGCAGAUGGUUCUAGAGUGUCUAGAGCAGGCAGCUAGACGUCAGCGUUUUCUACCACGCCUGGAUGAGGGUAAUACGGCACUCGGCUCUGCAAAAGUAAUCAUUCAUGCUGGAACGGUCGGUAAAGGUAUUGAUGCCCUCGUGGAUGGAGCUUCAGCUAUGAAGACUCUCAAGACUGAGGAAGUAGCGAGGACUGCGGUCAACAUGGGCCUUCAGGAAGCUAAAGCAGCUCGGAACAUCCCCAACCUUGCUGCAGACCUGCCUGACAUCGGUCGGCUGGCUAAGGGCACUCCCCUGGCGAUGUCAAAAGCAGCCAGGGCCGGGUUUAUCACUCUAAACGCCUUAUUCAUUGGUCUAGAUGUUCUGUUCAUCUGUAAAGAAGGUGUGAGUCUGGCUAAAGGUGAGACAAGUGAAGUGUCUCAGCUCAUCCGCUCCAGAUCAGCUCUGUGGCGCUCAGAGUUAGAGGCAUGGGAUAAGAUCCAUGACCAUCUGUGUAAAGGAAAAGAAGCGUUCCAGGACAACCUUGACAUUCUUCAUCAAUCCUUUAGCAUCACUGAAAUGAUUAGAUCACAAAUGAAGAAGUGGCAUUCAGCAUUAAUGGGAUAUACAGUGUAUUGCGUACUGUACCUCUACUGCAUAUGGCUACAAAUAGCCACAUAUAUUAUGCGACCUUAAAACGAAUUUGUGGUUUUUCAGCCUUAUGCUUAAAAUUGAAUCAAGUGAAAAGGGGAGUAUCUUCACCCUUAGAACCUUUGGUAAUUUGGGGUAUUUAUUUGGUAUUUGGGUCAGUUACUAUUACAGUUGCAAUUAUAGACUGUAGUAUUUAAAGUACUUCAGUCACACAUGCCAUAUGUUGUUAUUUGCAGGUGGCCUUGGGCUACUCAGAUAUACCAUGAUUUGAUAUGUAAAUACUAAGACAAUUUUGAUGUGUUUAUGCAUUUGACUAAUUUUUUUAUCAAAAAUGUACCUGCUGGCUUUGGGUUCUAAGGAUUAACCAACUCAAGAGUGAUGCCAAACAGUGAAAUAAUGAUAAAAUUAGCCUUACUGCAUCCAUAAAAACUCUGUUUUUUUCUUAGCUGAUGUGUUUAAGUGCCUAUCAAGUGCCUAAGUCACUUAAGGCCCAUGUACAGUUUACAAAGGGUUAUUUCACUCAAACACUGGCAGAUUUAACCAGAGAUGCUUGAUAAAAUCUUCCGUCCAACUCGGUAAACUCAGUUAGUCAUAUUUCACUACUUAACACCUCAGCUAACGCUACUAGCCUGGUCUUAGUAUAUCUUCCCACUUCCGCUGGGAAACAGCGAACUUAUGGAGAGUCAGGUACCAAACACGAAGAUCCACUAACUUGAGUUGAAGAUUUUAUUUCAUUAUAUCUGUAUGAUUAGAGUAGAAAAUGAGCCUGAGCUUGAUUUUGAUCUGAACUCUAAUUCUUUAUAUGUGCUGUUUGACUGGGGCCGCGACGAGGCCGUCCUUUACUGCCUGCUUUCGCUGAUUUUGCUCUGAUCUUUGAUCUGAUAGUCAUGUAGAUUCACAUGUUAUUUAGCUCUGCAAAUGAAUUUAGUGAGUUCAAAGGCUGCAAAUGAAGAAAAUCAAAGAAACUUAAUUAAGCUAUUCAUAACUAGGCUAGAUUGACCAACCCUGCCGCAAUGGUGGACCACCAGCAUAACACUGCAUUACGGCAUUACAUUCACAGGCCCUAUACAGCUUUUCAAACUGCUCUGACCACACACACACACACACACACACACACACACACACACACAUAAAUACAAACACACACACAAACACACUCACACACACACAAACAAAUACAAAUACAUACACACACACACACACACAGACACACAGAGACACACACACAAACAAAUACAAAUACAUACACACACACACACACACAUACUCGGACAAACUAAGUUCUGAAGUUCAUGUUAAAAUUGCAGUUUUUACAUUUCACUCAGGCUUUUAUGCUGAUAAUGAAAUGUUGUAAUGAAACAUUUUGUAUUAAUAAAAUGCAAAAAGAAGCAUUUUUCACUAGUGGUCUCAGACCUUUAGUCCCCACUGCACAUCACUGUAUGACACAGCUCAAUUCCACAUGUUAUUUCAAACCGUUUAGCCUUCAGCAUUAUUCUGAAAUGUGUAAAACAUUUACUGUAUGAACACUAAAUAAAUACUAAAAUAUAUAAAACAUUAAGAACAUGAAAAAAAAAAUUCUAUUACUAAGUUUCUAAAUGUUUGACUUUGACGCCCUCUUGUGGGGAGAGGAGAACAUCUUCAUGCUUUAACUGGACACGAGCUAUAAGCUAAGAAGAGUCCACUCCUGGUACACUGAGUAACAGGAUUGUUCAGAACAUGCAUAAAAAUAGCUUUAAAAUGGAUUGUGUAUGUUUUUUAUGCUUUAAUAGUGACAGACAGAUGAGCAUAGAAAUUUGUAAUUGUAAAGAGCAUUACAUUACAUUCAUGUAUACAUUAUACACAUAUGUGCUUUUCAAAUUUUAAAACAGUUAGUGUUUAUUGAAUAUACAGGGGAAAAUUAAAUAAAAUGUAAAAUGUGGCCAUGAAAAAUGUACGAGCAUUACAUUUUUAAACAAAAAAAAAAUAGAAAUUGAUAUUUGAUACUUUUGUUUAGGAUUUGUUUGUUAAUUACAGUUUCAAGGUGGGCUGUGUCACUAA